CAGCAAACAAUCGGGUCGCGUUUGGGUCCAAAUGGGUCGAACCGACUGUCAUCGUGUGGGAAGCAUCCGAUUUUGUGAGUGUGUGCGUUUGCGGUGUGUUUGGUUCAUAAGUGCUGUCAAAUAUCCAAUGUUUGGUUUGGUUCGCAUUGAAGAAGUAUUGUCAAACCGUUAACUUCGUUAUUACAGUUGAUUAUUCUGCAGUGAAAACAUUAUUAAUUCAAGCCAUGUAUCCGAAGAAGAUGCGAAAAACUGGAUUGUUUUACAGAAUCCGUGAUAAACGACGCGCUCUGUUUCAACAACAAUGGCGAGAAGAACAUGGGGAAACUAGUUCAGCAAAUGCUUCCUCAUCUGUUAACGAAGAUGAAAUAAAUAUCAUCUUGGACAACGUUGAGUCUCAAUCUACACCGUAUAGUGAAAGUGAUUGUGAUAUUGGCAGUUCCGACGAUAACGCAGAAGAACUUGCAGAAUCGGAUGAUUCGUAUGAAUCAUUUGGUGAAGAUUCUAGCGAUGGAGAUAUAUAUGUAGAAGGACGAUCUUUCGAAGAUAAACUUCGCAUUUGGGCGCUAUUGACCAAUCAAACUCAUCGUGCCUUAAACAUGCUGCUGACGAUACUACGUGAGGAUACAUCUUUUAUGAUACCGAAAGAUGCGCGGACGCUGCUUAAAACUCCAGUUUCCAAUGAGAAUAAUAGUAUAACUACCAUUGUUGGUGGUCAGUUAUGGUAUCAGGGCAUCGCCAGUAGUUUGCAGCAUCAGUUCAGUAAAACAACGCCAAAUGUUGAAACACUCUGGCUAGAUUUCUUCGUUGACGGAAUUCCACUGCAUAGAAGCGGAGUGACUGAAUUUUGGCCAAUAUUAAUGAAAGUGUUCGGGUUAGCUAUAGACCAAGUGCUGGUCGUCGCAGUUUAUUGUGGUGAUUCCAAACCAAUGUUAGUCGAGGAAUAUCUUAGACCCAUGGUGACAGAAUUAAAUCACUUACAACAAAACGGCAUACUGAUUAACGGUUCAACGUUUCAAGUGUCUUUGCGGGCCAUAAUUGCGGAUACUCCAGCUCGUUGCUUAAUUAAAGGAGUCAAAUCGUGCAACUCCGCUAGUGGCUGCUUGAAAUGUAAUGUGAAAGUAGUGCGAGAUCCGGAAACCCGUCGAGCCUAUUACGAUGGCAUAAACGGGGAACCAAGAACAGAUGAACUGUUCAGAGCCAAUGCCUAUCCCACGCAUUAUAAAAAUCCAACGCCACUUACAGAUGUAAUCAAUUUUGAUAUGAUUAAGGACAUUCCUGUAGCUGAUGAAUUACAUUUAUUAUACCUGGGUGUAAUGCGCAAAAUACUUUUAAUUUAUAUGGGCAAGUUAGGAAAACAGUCAAAGUUUUCACCAAAAGCCAUAGAAGAAAUUUCUACAACCUUGCGACUGCUUAAGUUGCCCAGUGAAAUUCCUCGAAGGAUGCGUGGUUUAAAUUGUAUAAAAGUAUGGAAAGGAACAGAAUUUCAGAGCUUUCUGCUGUAUGCCAGUGUGGUAGUCCUUAAGGGUAGAAUAACUGAUGAUGCCUAUAAUCAUUUCAUGCUACUCUUUUGUGCAGUACACUUUUUUUCAUCAGCAAUUUAUGAACAUAAAUGGGAAUAUGCUGGGCAACUUUUGAAUCUUUACAUAGAAAACUUCGGGGAAGUGUACGAUAAAACACUACAAUCUAGUAAUAUUCAUAAUUUGCAUCAUGUGUAUGAAGAUGUCUGUAGAUUUGGACCAUUGUAUACAAUAUCUUCUUAUCCUUACGAAAACUUCUUGCAACACAUGAAGCGUGUAACACGAGGCAAAAAGAACUGUUUAGAGCAAAUAAGAAAUCGCACAAUAGAAUUAAGACACAUAAAUGAAGUUAAAAACCAGGAACGAUCAGCAUAUCCCCGUGUUGUACAAAAAAGGAAUGAAACAAUAACUUUCAUCAAACACAACUUUCGUCUCAGGAAAGACAAUAGGAACCAAUGGUUCAUGACAAAAUCCUACUCCGUUUUAAGCUACGAAUCAGCAAUACAGACACCUUCAGGAGUAACAAUUUAUGGAAGAAAAUUUAAAAAAUAUCACGAAUGUUUUUCCACACCUUGCAAUUCGUCAGUGUUGCAUAUGUGUGAGGCCGUUGAUAAUGAUUUAGAUAAGGAUAUCACUGCGGUUAAUAUUUCAGAAAUCAAAUGUAAACUUGCUGCUAUUUCAACGGUUAAAGAUAACCCGGUUAUAUUUAUUCCAGUUCCUGAAACAUUUAUGUUAACAGAAUAA